AUGACACAAACCACCACCCCCACUUCAUCACCGCCCGCCAACCCCGAAAUAACCCCUACCCCCACCCCGCACAAACCAACCCACCAACACCAAGCCACCGCCACCGCCAACACCUUCCGCAGCGUAAACGUCGCGCACACGAUUAAUCCCGCGGAUGGGAAGACGUGGGCGUGUGAUCGCGGGUGUGUGUUUGAAUCUUUUGUUGAGGGGGGGAGGAUGGGCGGGGAGGUGGGGGAGGGGGAGGAAGAAGAAGAAGAAGAAGAGGGGGGGUGGAGGAGGGGGAGGUGGUUGGGGUGGUUUUGUGGGGGUUGA